AUGGGUAAAGUUCUUAUGGUUAUGUAUGAUGGUGGGGAGCACGCAAAGCAGCAACCCGGGCUAUUGGGAACAACAGAAAACGAACUUGGAUUGAGAAAAUGGCUUGAAGAGAAGGGCCACACGUUGGUGACUACAUCUGACAAGGAGGGAGCAAACUCCACUUUCGACCGUGAACUUGUUGAUGCUGAAGUCAUCAUCACCACUCCAUUCCAUCCAGGCUAUCUUACCGCAGAACGAUUGGCUAAGGCUAAGAAUCUCAAACUCGCUAUUACUGCCGGUGUUGGUUCCGACCACGUUGACCUUAACGCUGCGAACAAGACCAAUGGCGGUAUUACCGUUGCCGAAGUCACUGGUUGCAACGUUGUGUCCGUUGCAGAACAUGUGAUCAUGACCAUCUUAGUUCUCGUCCGUAACUUCGUCCCAUCUCACGACCAAAUUGCUAAAGGCGAAUGGGACGUUGCUGCGGUUGCUAAGAACGAAUUUGACCUGGAGGGCAAAGUCGUUGGAACAGUUGCUGUCGGCCGCAUUGGUGAGCGUGUGCUUCGCCGCCUUAAGCCCUUCGACUGCAAGGAGCUUCUUUACUAUGAUUAUCAACCUCUGAGCCCCGAGGCUGAAAAGGAGAUUGGAUGUCGCCGUGUCGAGAAUCUGGAAGAGAUGUUGGCACAGUGUGAUGUUGUCACUAUCAACUGCCCGCUGCAUGAGAAAACACGUGGAUUGUUCAACAAAGAACUUAUCUCAAAAAUGAAGAAGGGCUCAUGGCUUGUCAACACCGCCCGUGGUGCAAUUGUCGUUAAAGAGGAUGUCGCAGAAGCCAUCAAAUCCGGCCAUCUUCGUGGGUAUGGUGGUGAUGUGUGGUUCCCACAACCCGCCCCCAAGGAUCACCCGCUUCGAUAUGCUCAAGGCCCAUGGGGUGGCGGCAAUGCAAUGGUUCCUCACAUGUCUGGAACUUCUAUUGAUGCUCAAAUUCGUUAUGCAGAUGGCACCAAGGCUAUCCUUGAAUCGUACUACUCUGGCAAGUUUGACUAUAAAGUCGAAGAUUUGAUCGUUCACAAGGGUGAUUAUGUGACAAAGGCGUACGGACAGAGGAACCAAAUCAAAGAUGAGCAGCGGAGUUAA